AUGAGCGAUAUAAGUACCGACUCGUACCAGCGGGUGCAUCCGGCAACUAGUCUUUUCUCGGCGUCAAACCAAGGUGCUCCCAAUAAUAAAACUUUGGUGGAGCAGGACUUUGCACAUUCCAAGCUCAGCAGCCUCGAAACCUUUACGUUGAUGGAUCCCAGUUUUGAUAACCAAAAGCGGUUAGAAGUAGCCUUUUCAUUCAUGGCUUUGGGCCGAAAGAAAGCAGGCUCACGAGAAUUGGCCAACGUGAUCAAACUGGCUACCGUGUUGGAAAAGUCUCAGCUGCUUCGUCAGGUGGGAGACGUGUUCAUGAACUUCAAUGAACCAGAGAGCGCUUACCAGUGCUAUCGUGAAGGGCUGCUUCAUUCGAAAAUUUCCAAAGAUUUGAACACGCCGCUGAUCAUUUAUUUGAAAUCCAAGAUCGCGACCUUUGAAUCCGACCACUCCAACACUUCCAGCUCCAUUGGAUCAUUGAUUAGAUACAAGGAAAAGACAUUCCGAUCAAUGCUUUCGGAGCUAUCCAUUCACGAAAAGUUCAAGCAAGAACUGGAAGACUUGAGAGACAUGGUAGCAGACACAAAAAUGGCUGAGAGAUGUCCUUUCGUUAAGAAUAUAGUUAGGGAAUUCACCAAUGCAUGUGACCUGGAAACUGCGCUUGACGAACUAGAUCUGCUGGAGCUCGAUGACACCUCAUUGAACAAUUUCCUGAACUCAUUGAUGGUUGAACUGUUUAAAUUCCCCGACUUGACUGUGUACAAGUCCAUUUUUAGCUCACCGCGCCUGGACCAAGUGUUGACAUACUUGUCGGUGAAUGUCUACGAAAUGGAGCUUCCUAGAGACUUUCAGGACUUUCUGUCUAUUCUUCGUGCCGGCCACGAAGCAAAGGAACCAAUAUCAAACACUUUGGAGAGCUUGGAGUUCCAAAUCAAAAGAGCCUUGAUCUAUGGUUGCAAGCAGUUCUCAGAUAAAAAUUAUGAAGACGCCAAGGACUGGUUCCUGAAAGUGAUGGUGGUUUGCGAUAUCCUUACCAAGUUCUGUUGCAUGAAAGGCUUUAAAGGAACAGACAAGGUCAUUGUUGCCAAGUUCGACCAAGAACGCCGUGACAGGAUCCGUAAAGUGAGCACCAUUGCCGGUGUCUACUCGUCUCUAUACGCUGCCAACAGUUUUAUCCGGUACCAAGACGCAUACUUGGAAGACCUUCCCGUUCAUUGUGUUGAAAUGAUGUCCCUACUCCAAAACCUGAACAAGUACUAUCUUACGGCAAGGUAUGCCAAACUCCCACUGAAAUACGACUGGAUCCAUCUUGCGCUGGGAAAACUCAACGAGUGGCUAGCUGUGUGCAAAUCAAAGACAUUCCGACGCGAUUCAAAAGCCAACCAUGACCUUAAAAAGCUCGACGAUACCCAUCUCGAGUGUAUGAUCAGCCACUAUGUUCGUUCGCUGAAUCUCAAGUUCCCGGAUGAUCCUGCUGUGGUGUCGUUGUACGACAAAAUACUGUGGGGAGCACUAAUGAGAGGUGGCUACCACAUCCAGACUCUUUGGGUUCUCAAGUUCUUCCGUGACCUCUCAGUGUUUUAUAGCGAUACCUGUCUGAUCAGCUACGAGGAUUUCUCCAGCUUCAACAUCGACCAGUUUAAGCUUAAGGACUAUCUGGACUGCAACGUUCAUACAAUUAUCAACAAGCUUUACGAGCAAAGAAAGCAAUUAAGCAACAAGCAGGGGUCAAUCUUUGUCUCUUCCAGUUCCCGGUUUAUUAUUCCACAAUUCUUCUACACUAGCUCGUACCAACUGAUUGCUUCCCAGGAAUACACUGCCCAAACAACUUCUGUCAAGCAGAACUUCAGACUUCCUGGUGUGACUAUGAAGGGUAUUUUGAAAGCAGACCCAGAAGAGAUCGAGCACUGCAACAGAAUCAGUGAGCAGCUGUUGGAAGACUGGUCAAGAGGAAUGUCUAUCAGACAGCCGGAAGUCAUGAGCAAUGACGUGGUGCAGAGUUUCUUCAAAUCCUAUUACGAUGGUUGCAAAUUAACUUCAUUUUAA